AUUAAAAAGAAAGUGGAGGAAAAGCAACCAGAGGAACCCAAAAAGGCAGAGGAAAAGAAAGAAGACAAGAAGGCUGAGGAACCCAAGGAUCCACCACCACCACCGCCUCAAGAGAUUGUGUUGAGUGUUUACAUGCAUUGCGAAGGCUGCGCCAGAAAGGUCCGCCGAUGCCUCAAAAACUUCGAAGGAGUUGAAGAAGUUGAGACAGAUUGCAAGACCCACAAGGUUGUGGUGAAGGGAGCAAAGGCAGAUCCAGUGAAGGUUCUAGAGAGGGUACAGAUGAAGAGCCACCGCCAGGUUGAGCUUCUCUCUCCUAUCCCAAAACCUCCGGCUCCAGAAGAUGCCAAAAAAGCCGAUGAGAAAGAAGUUGCCAAACCUCUAGACAAAAAACAAGAGCCUCAGGUCAUCACAGUGGUUCUCAAUAUUUACAUGCAUUGCGAGGCUUGUUCUCAAGAAAUCAAAAGACGCAUACUCAGAAUGGACGGGGUUGAAAGUGUGGAACCAGAUCUAAAGAGCUCACAAGUGACAGUGAAAGGUGUGCUCGACCCACCAAAGCUGGUGGAGUAUGUGUACAAGAGAACAGGGAAGCAAGCUUUGAUAGUGAAGCAAGAAGCAGAGAAGAAAGUGGAGGAAGAGAAGCCCAAGGAAGAGAAGAAGGCGGGCGAUGGCGGAGCCAAGGACACCGGCAAGGGCGGAGAGGCGGCAGCGACGGAGAAGAAAGAUGGCGGAGGAGAGGCGGCUGUGGCGGCCCCACCAGAAGCAAAGGCGAAGUUGCCGCCCGCCGGUUGUUUAGGCAGCACACAGGACAGUGAUCUGUCAGAUAUGAGUUAUGUGCUCUGA